GAAUGGCUGCACUUGCAGUGGCUGCACUUACGCCAUUCAAAUUAAAGUCAUGCAAACUCAUUCACAUUCACACCUUCAACUCCAAACCCACUCUCAGUUACAAAUCCCUGCCUUAUCAUGAUCCACUAUUCGUGCUUCGUUCCCGCACUCGCACAUCAUGCAACAUCAACAAAUCAGAUAUGAUAUCGCAGCUGGAACUUGGGAAACCAGAGCAAAAGAGGAAACCCGAGAAACGAGUUAAUGGGAUAUUCUGGGUCAUACUCCUUAACAUUGGAAUAUUCGUUGCUGACCAUUUUUUUCAGGUGAAUGGCAUCAAGGCUUUGUACUUGUACCACAACUGGCCUGCUUGGUACCAGUUUGUCACAGCAACAUUUUGUCAUGCUAAUUGGAAGCAUCUUUCUAGCAACCUUUUUUUCUUGUACAUUUUUGGAAAACUUGUUGAAGAAGAGGAAGGAAACUUUGCUUUGUGGCUUUCUUACAUUCUUACUGGUGUUGGAGCAAACCUUGUAUCGUGGUUGGUUUUACCAAGAAAUACAGUUUCUGUUGGAGCUUCUGGUGCUGUUUUUGGGUUAUUUACUAUUAGUGUCCUUGUAAAGAUGUCCUGGGAUUGGAGGAAGAUCCUUGAAGUGCUUAUAUUGGGUCAGUUUGUUAUAGAGAAGGUCAUGGAAGCAGCCCAAGCUUCAACAUCAUUAUCAGGAACCUUUCGCGGAGGCUACCCAUUGCAGAGUGUCAAUCAUAUUGCACAUCUUUCUGGUGCUCUUGUUGGUGUGCUUUUGGUUUGGCUCCUUAGUAAAGUUCCUUCUGAUCCUUCAGACCGAUAAUCCACUUUGCACAAUAAAACAGGGUGAACUACAAAAGUAACUUUGCUCAACCAAUGAUACAAAUCAGAAGUAUCAUAUGUUUUGUUGUUCAUUUACUGUUGAUAUUGAGCUUCUAAAUAACAAGAUAUGUCAAUUGUGAGGGUAUUGUCUGAUCAAGAACGCUUACUACAGGCUUCCCUGUUACGGAUACCUUGGAAUUGAGAAGGAUUCUGUUUAAAAGCCAGAAGAUUUGCUGAAUGUCUUGCAUAAAUUUUAUUCUCAUAGUUAUGCUAUUGUAUAUGGGUAUGAUUAUACUUACCAUCAUUUUAGUUUUAGGAUUUAAAUUAUCUUAUAUUGAAGAAGAGAACUCUCUUGUGCUAGUGAAACAUUAAAAGU